AUGGCAGACUAUGGAUAUUACCGGGGGACCAUAUUUUUGGCCAUGUUUGUUGGCUACACCUUGUACUACUUCAACAGGAAGACGUUCUCGUUUGUUAUGCCGUCUGUAAUGGAGGAGAUUAAGAUGGACAAAGAUGACUUGGGCCUGAUCACCAGCAGCCAGUCUCUAGCCUAUGCCAUCAGUAAGUUCAUCAGUGGAGUGCUGUCGGACCGGCUCUCUGCUCGCUGGCUCUUCUCCAUCGGACUGUUCUGUGUCGGAGGCAUCAACAUCGUCUUCUCCUGGUCCUUCUCCGUCACAGCCUUCUCCACGCUGUGGUUCCUCAACGGCCUGGGACAGGGUCUGGGCUGGCCUCCCUGUGGACGGAUUCUUCGAAAGUGGUUUGAGCCGUCUCAGUUCGGGACGUGGUGGGCCGUCCUCUCCUGCAGCAUGAACCUGGCGGGCAGCGUGGGGCCCAUCGUGGCCUCGGUGCUGUCCCAGAGCUGCAGCUGGAGGACCAUCCUGAGCGCCUCCGGUGGGACCUGCUUAGUCGUGUCCUUCCUCUGCCUCCUCUUCAUCAAGAACGAACCCAAAGACGUGGGGCUGCCCAACAUCGAGGCCAGCGCCAAGAAAAGCAAAGGAGGGGCCUCCAGUGAGAGCACGCUGUGGGAGUUCCUGCUCUCUCCGUACCUGUGGCUGCUCUCCGUGUCGUACCUGGUGGUGUUCGGGGUCAAAACGGCCUGCAGCGACUGGGGCCAGCUGUUCCUGAUCCAGGACAAGGGCCAGACCACGCUCAUGGGCAGCUCCUACAUCAGUGCUCUGGAGGUGGGGGGCCUCUUGGGGAGUAUCGCUGCGGGGUACUUCUCCGACAAAGCUGUGGCUAAACAAGGCACAAAGAUUUACGGCAACCCUCGUCACUUCCUGCUCCUGCUGAUGAUGGCCGGGAUGUACGUGUCCAUGCUGCUCUUCAGACUCACUGUCACCGCCGACACUUCCAAAAUGUGGAUUCUGACUCUCGGAGCAGUUUUUGGGUUUUCCUCCUAUGGACCAAUUUCCUUGUUUGGAGUUAUUGCCAAUGAAAGUGCCCCAUCAAACUACUGUGGAACGUCGCACGCUAUUGUAUCUCUCAUGGCCAACAUCGGAGGCUUCCUUUCCGGUCUCCCCUUCAGCACCAUCGCCAAGCACCACGGCUGGGAAACGGCCUUCUGGGUAGCGGAGGUCACCAUUGGGCUCUGUACUGUCGGAUACUUCCUGCUGCGCAAUAUUCAAACUAAGAUGGGCGCGCUACCGAAGAAAGAAGACUAA